CUCAACUGGCAGCUCACCGGGAGCUAGUCGCGGCUGCCGUGGUCCACCGUCUCAAUGGGUGAUUGCCGCCUGCGUAACAUUUACCUUCUAGGUGUGGGUUUCAUGCUCAUCUUCACCGCUUUCACCACUUGUGGCAACAUAGAGCAAACUGUAAUACGGAGUUUGACCAACACCAGUUUUUCUGGCAGCGGCUAUGACAGCCUUGCCAUUGUCUAUGGAGUGUUCUCAGCAUCUAACCUCAUUGCACCAUCUGUGGUGACAGUUGUGGGACCAAAGAUGUCCAUGAUAUUAAGUGGAGUUGUUUACAGUGGUUACGUGAUUUCCUUCAGCAAGCCGAUGACUUGGUCACUGUACAUUGCCUCAACACUCAUUGGGUUUGCAGCCGCUGUACUGUGGACAGCCCAGGGGACUUUCCUCAUCAUGAACUCUGACUCUGCCACUAUCAACAGGAACACUGGGACCUUCUGGGCUCUCUUGCAGUGCAGCAUGUUGUUUGGGAACCUCUACGUUUAUCUGCAAUGGAGAGAAGUGAUGACAAUCUCAGAUAAUGACAGGCGGACCCUGUUCAUCGUGCUCUCUGUGAUCUCCUUUGCUGGCACAGCCGUUUUAGUCACGCUGAAGGACACCAAACACGCAGACAACAGCCGCCAGAUAUUCGACACUCUGCUUCCUUCUCAGACGUUGUUUAAAGAGAAAGUGGCCUCAACACUGGAUCAGAUUAUUACAGAGUUCAGAUCGAUGUUGAGGCUAAUUCGCACAAAGAACAUGAUGCUGCUGAGUGUGACAAUAGUGUACAGCGGGCUGAUGCUGACCUUCUACAGCGGGGUGUAUGGGACGUGUAUUGGAGCCACCAGAGAGUUCAGGAUGGUGGCCAAGGGCCUCAUUGGACUUUCAGGGGUAUUUAUUGGCAUUGGAGAGAUUCUUGGGGGUGCGAUGUUCGGGUUGCUGUUUUUCAAUAACCAGUUCCGACGCACCUCUGCCAUCUUACUGGGAGUCAUCACUCACCUCCUGGGAUUCUACCUGAUCUUCCUCAUGAUCCCAGGCGAUGCUCCCAUUGCAAGUGCCGACAGCAGUCACUACAAGCCGUACCUGUCUCCCAGCCCUGUGGUAGCGUUAGUGUGCAGCUUCCUGCUAGGCCUGGGUGACAGUUGCUUCAAUACCCAGCUGUACAGCAUCAUCGGCAUCUUGUACCCCGAGGAGAGUGGUCCAGCCUUCGGCAGCUUCAAGUUCAUACAGUCCAUUUCUGCUGCAGUGGCGUUUGGAUACAGCAACUAUCUGGUGCUGUCGCUACAACUCCUCAUCCUCACCAUCUUCUGCUUCUUUGGCACAAUCUCCUUUUUUAUUGUGGAGAAAAUUGAAGCCAAUGCCUCAGACUUGCAAGAUUUCUGACCUUUGUGGAAUCAUUAAUUGGAAGUGAAAGUCACAGGGGGAAAGCAGGAAUACCCAGGGAAUUAAAUUAGGACCAUUCUCUGGAGCAGAUAGUCAGGCUAUGAUAGCAUUUUGGCUGCAGGGGAAUCAGUGCCGACAGCCAAGCAUUUCCAACCAAUGUUUUGCAAAUCCUGAAUGUUGAGGGGGUCAGACUUUUCUGUUUGUAAGUACAGAAAGUUCUGCUAUAAUGUGUAGGAUGCUGGUUUAAUGCUGGAGACACAAAAUGCUGGAGCAACUCAGCGGGACAGGCAGCAUCUGUGGAGAGAAGGAAUGGGUGACGUUUUGGGUUGAGACCCAUCUUCAGCCUGGGGGGAGAGUGAGUCAUAGAGAUAUGAAAGGAUAAGGUGUGAAAAGGAGAAAUAAAAAGGAAGGAAGUUCAAGGAAAAUUCAGUCCCGUGAAGAAGAGUUUCGACACCCGCCUAGAUCUUAGAGUCAAGUUCCAGUGGCAAAAUGACCGGCCAACCCGCACAUCUUUGGGAUGUGGGAGGAAGCUUAAAUGGUCACAGGGACAAUGUUCAAGCUGUAUGGAGGAAGGAACUGCAGAUGCUGGU